GUGAUGCAGCAGUUCUAGUGUUGAACGUCUCGUUUAGAAAACAGAGAGAGCGUGAGAGUGGAGCCCGGAGGUCCGUGGCUGGGGACGACGGUCGAGCGAUGUGGAAAUAAGCCAGCGGCGGCGCUUUUUAGUGCCCACGAAGGUUUCGUCCGAUUCCGCACGCACGGGAUAAUCGAAAAAACAGCUUGCAUAUGGAGUGCAGCGAACCAACCCAUCGCAGAGUGACUUUUCAGCUUGACAGAAUUAUUUCACCUGUAGCUGAGUACAUGAGCGCCUGGCAUGCUGUUUACGUGCGCACUUGGGGCCUGAGGGGCUGAGGACGGUGGUGGAGCGCGCACCCAGCCAUGGGGAACACGGCCACCAAGUUCCGCAAGGCGCUUAUCAAUGGGGACGAGAGCCUGGCUUGCCAGCUGUACGAGAGCAACCCACAGUUCAAGGAGUCCCUAGACCCCAACGCCUCCUACGGGGAGCCGUACCAGCACAACACACCGCUGCAUUACGCCUCCAAGCACGCCAUGACGAGGCUGCUCAGGUCUUUCCUGUUCUGCAAGGAUGGAAACCCCAACAAGCGCAACGUGCACAACGAGACGGCCCUACACCUGCUUUGCAUGGGCCCGCAGAUCAUGCUUCCCGAGGGUGCGUUGCACCCACGCCUGGCCCGGCCACAUGAGGAUGAGCAGCGGCGCGCCGACUGCCUGCAACUGAUCCUCAAGUGGACCGGUGCCAAGCUGGACCAGGGCGAGUAUGAGCGCGCCAACGUGAAUGCCACCGAUGCCAAGAAGAGCACGUGCCUGCACUACGCAGCAGCCUCAGGGAUGAAGACCUGUGUGGAGUACCUGGUGAAGAGCAAUGCAGACCUCUUUGCGGAGAACGAGAGCAAAGAGACUCCAUGUGACUGCGCGGAGAAACAACACCACAGGGAUCUCGCCCUCAGCCUGGAGGCUCAGAUGGUCUUCUCCAAGGACCCCGAGGCCGAGGACAUCGAGGCAGAGUACGCGGCCCUGGACCGCAAGGAGGCGUACGAGGGCCUCAAGCUGCAAGACCUGCGUCGCCUGAAAGAUAUGCUGAUCGUAGAGACGGCAGACAUGCUCCAGGCCCCUCUCUUCACGGCCGAAGCCCUGCUUAGGGCUCACGACUGGGACAGGGAGAAGCUGUUGGAGGCUUGGAUGUCCAAUGCCGAGGACUGUUGCCAGCGUUCAGGGGUCCACAUGCCCACCCCACCACCCAGCGGCUGCAAUGCCUGGGACACUCUGCCUUCCCCACGAACUCCCCGCACCACCCGCUCCUCUGCCACCUCGCCUGACGAGAUCAGCCUGGGGGAUGAAGGCAUGCCCCUGUGUGGCAUCUGCAUGUGCACAAUUUCAGUAUUCGAGGACCCUGUGGACAUGCCAUGUGGACAUGAAUUCUGCAGAGCAUGCUGGGAAGGGUUCUUGAAUAUGAAGAUCCAGGAAGGGGAGGCGCACAACAUCUUCUGUCCAGCCCAUGACUGUUUCCAAUUGGUGCCUGUGGAGGUCAUCGAGAGCGUUGUUUCCCGUGAGAUGGAUAAGCGCUAUCUACAGUUCGACAUAAAGGCCUUCGUGGAGAACAACCCGGCGAUCAAAUGGUGUCCCACCCCAGGGUGUGAACGGGCUGUGCGCCUCAACAGAGUGGGUCCGGGGACCGCAGCAUCGGAUCCGCUCAGCUUCCCGUUACUCCGUGCUCCUGCUGUGGACUGUGGGAAAAGCCACCUCUUCUGCUGGGAAUGUCUCGGAGAGGCCCAUGAGCCCUGCGAAUGCCAAACCUGGAACAUGUGGCUUCAGAAAGUGUCUGAGAUGAAGCCAGAAGAAUUGGCUGGCGUGAGCGAGGCCUACGAGGACGCUGCCAACUGCUUGUGGUUGCUCACCAACUCCAAGCCUUGUGCCAACUGCAAGUCGCCAAUUCAGAAGAAUGAGGGCUGCAACCACAUGCAGUGUGCUAAGUGCAAGUAUGACUUCUGCUGGAUCUGUCUGGAGGAGUGGAAGAAGCACAGCUCGUCCACAGGGGGCUACUAUCGCUGCACGCGCUACGAGGUCAUCCAGCAGGUGGAGGAGCAGUCGAAGGAGAUGACUGUGGAGGCUGAGAAGAAGCACAAGAGCUUCCAGGAGCUUGACCGCUUCAUGCACUACUACACACGUUACAAAAACCACGAACACAGCUACCAGCUGGAACAGCGUCUCCUGAAAACAGCCAAAGAAAAGAUGGAACAGCUGAGUAGAGCCUUCAGUGGACGUGAGGGCACACCCCCUGACACUACGUUCAUCGAAGACGCCGUGCACGAGCUCCUCAAGACCCGGCGCAUCCUCAAGUGCUCUUACCCUUACGGCUUCUUUCUGGAACCCAAAAGCACAAAGAAAGAAAUAUUUGAACUUAUGCAGACUGAUCUAGAGAUGGUGACGGAAGACCUCGCUCAGAAAGUCAACCGGCCUUACCUCCGCACCCCCCGCCAUAAGAUCAUCCGUGACACCUGCCUGGUCCAGCAGAAGAGGCAGGAGUUCCUGGCUUCUGUGGCCCGAGGUGUGGCACCCAAUGAUUCCCCAGAGGCCCCACGUCGCAGUUUUGCUGGUGGAACAUGGGACUGGGAGUACUUAGGUUUUGCCUCCCCAGAGAUCCUGGCGAAUCAAUCAGUUCUUGGAGGGAAUGAUCAAACAGAGAGCUAUCAAAGCUCAGGAGGGCAGCAGCAGGAGUAUGCUGAGUUCCAGCACCGGCGGCGCCACAGGCAGAGGCGGCGCGGAGACAUACACAGCCUGCGCAGCAGUACCCCAGAACCCGAUGACCCUGGCGAGAGCAUUCUGGACGCCCAGGAUGGAGGCAGCAGUCGGAGACAUGGUCCCACCAUGGGCCUUCGCUCUCUUGAUGAGGACGACCCCAAUAUUCUGCUGGCCAUCCAGCUGUCUCUGCAGGAAUCUGGCCUAGCCAUGGGUGGAGACACCCAGGAGUUUCUCAAUAACGAGGCCUCCUUGGGGGCAAUUGGCACCUCUCUGCCAUCCAGGCUGGAGCCUGCCCCCCACAGCAUUGAGGUGCCCCGGGCUGCCAUGAGCAGCUCUGAGUUGCUGGAGUUGGGGGACAGCCUCAUGAGGCUGGGCAACGCAAGCACUCAGUAUACCCCUGAGCACUUUAGCAACCUGCAGUCCUUUGGGGAACCUCCGGGGGGCUUGUUUUCAUCAUCCAGUGACACAGACUCGGCUUGCCAUGACCCCUCUGCCAACGCCAAUUUGCUGGGCAACAUCAUGGCAUGGUUCCAUGACAUGAAUCCCCAGAGCAUUGCACUGAUCCCCUCUGCCUCCUCAGAGCCUGAUUUGGAUGUCCAGGGUUCUAAUGUGGGACCCAAAGAAAGUCUGGAACCCCAAACGGAGCUCCGAGAAGAGGGGGAAGAGGAUCUGAGGAAAAUGGUGCAGAGCCCUCCAUGUCCCACCGGGGAGGACACAGAACCGAUAAGGCCCACCCAGUUGGAGUUGGAGGGCGUGGUUGCCGUGGCUGGGCCAGACACGGAGCCGGACGGAGGCGAGACUUACUGUAGCGGUGAUUUCAGUCACACCAAUGUCCCUGAAUGUGACUCUGAUCCCAACCACCAACAAUGCAGCAGCGCCUCCCCUGACUGGGAGGAACAAGUGCACCUGGUGUGAGAACUGACAGAGCCCAACCAGUCUAGGAAGCAGAUGAGUAUCUUUGGCAGCAGUUGCAGAGUAAGAGGAAUGUUGUUUAUGGUAGCGCAACGGAGGAGUUCCUUUGUGAAGGAGACAGAGAAAUUGUUUUGAAAUAAAGAUACCUAAGGUUAGUGGAUGUUGUAGACAGUUAAAAUCUGAAAGAUCCUUGUAAUCCAUUGCAGUAGAAUUUGUAACUGGCACAUUCUUAAACAUGCUGGUUUGGAAAGGACAAAGGAAAAAAUUAUCUGAUGAUUAAGUUAGUUCAUUUUUUGGAAGUGUUGCUUUUUGCAAAUAUGUGAAAGGUUAGAACGUGAGUUCACCGUCAUCCAAGUGCAUUUCUUUCCCUUUUUGACAACUGCUCUGACAGCACCUGCUUUUUCCUUAUGGCUUUUGACAUCAUAGCGAGUUUACGGUGGCCAGCUUUGGGGUGGAGUGGAGCCCGCCAGCGAUAGAAGGGCCGGCAGCUGUGGUGUUCCAACCAAGGUUGGCGCCGGAGCAGUAGUCUCAUUCCGUUGAUUCCUACCUGCCUAAUUUUGUAUGAAAAGGUGCCAAAUUGUAUGUAGUGUGAGCGUUUCUGUACGCUACCCGACAAGCACCAUGCGAAUAACAUGCAAAUCGUGCCUGCAUUGCUGAGAACCAAUCACAUUUAUUCCCCCCCUUCCCUUCAUUAACCAUUACUAGAUGAUGAAUAUUCACCUGUGAUGUAGAGAAUGUGAAUAUAGGCAAGCUGUUAUGACAGAUCUUUUAAAUUACUACAAUCAAAGUAGGAAUGGAGAUGAGCAAGACGUAUUACAAAUGCAAUCAAAUAUUUAUAAUUUAUUUUCCAUAACCUAAGCACUGUAAAAAAAAAAAAAAAAAAAAAAAAAAAAAAAGCCUCUUACUAUUUGAAAAUGUAAAAUUCAUCUGGAAUAUGAAUUUGCCGCUCAGGAAGGGGCUGUACCUUGAAGCGGUUCUACAAAAUUCAUCACCGUGCCUUUAUGUGAACUUUUUUUAUUAUUUAAUUGCUGCAUCUCAUGAGUACUUACUCAGCUCUUGUUGUGGUAAAUCCUGUUCAUUAACAAAACUAACAAAAAGGGUUCCAAACCUUAACAUAAAUGCAUUUUUAUAUUAAUUUUUAGGCUGUCUUUUGCUUGUUAGAUUAUUUCUAUGACAUUUUUAAAGCAACAUAGCAUAUAGAUUUAAUAUAACUAUAGUGAACCAAUGCAUUGUGGAUCACGUUUGGUUUUGUUACAAUUCAUUUGUACACAUUUAAAAAAAAAAAAAAAAAAAUUCAUCAGUUCCACUUCAUUUGGGUAUGCACAGAAAGAAUGUUACCUGGAGGGUAGUGCUAGAGAUCAGCAAACUGUACCUUGUUCAGCUGUUUAUUUUCAUGUGACAAUAAAUGGCUGCGAUGACACUAAGAAGUAGUGGCAUGGUAUAAAUAUAUGAAUAACACUUUAAAUUAUUUAUUUCAAGCUAAAAUUCCCUGAUGAAAUGUUACCUUCAGGUGUAUUGUUAAAUUAUGAAAACUAAAUAAUUGGAUUUUUGUCUUUUUUAAUGUGGCAAAAUAUAGAGACUCAAGGUUUUUCUCAAGGUUUCACUUUUAAAAUUUGGUCUUUUUCAAAACAGGUUUGUGGCUGUACUAAAUUUACCGUCAUCUGUUACAUAGAACAGCAACAAAAAAAAGUGUCUUUCGGAAGUGAAGCUGUGUUAAGAGUACUGUGAUGGAGUCUGUGAACAUUGUAGGACCUUCUGUUUUGUACAUCAAUAUUUAAGUUGUGGAGUUCAACCAUUGUCGACUUCUGUGAAAACAGUAUGCUGUGCAUGAGAAGGAUCAUACAAAAAUAGCAUUUCCUUGAUACUUAAUUUGACCAGUCAAGGGAAGUUAAUAAUAAAAAAAAAAAA